AUGAAUGUUAUCAGUGACUUGAACAAGGACGUAAUAACCGAGAAGAGUGCCAAACUGAUCGGACUCCUGCUCAACAUCGAGGCAGACGCCGCCGACGGACGUAGCUACACCACCAGAAGCAUAAAAGGAGAUGACGACGAGGGACAAGACGGUACUGGGAAGAACAAUGACGAGCUUCACUUGUAUAUCCCGUACCUCGGCGUAGUCAAGAUUGCCCGCCAGGAUCCUAUCUCAUGCGAGGUGUGCAAACCACGCCAGAUAACGCCGGUCGAACUUUCACAGACAGGGCCGACACUCGCCGUAUCCAACGAUGCGUUCAUGUCUCUCCCUCAGUCGUCGUUCACGGAGGAACAACAGCCGCUUAAUCAUCUGCUCAACACGGUCCAAGGCUCACCCUUUCAGGGAGCCCCACCAGCAUCAGACUGGCUGAAUGUGCAGUUCCAUGAACAGUCCACUCUGCAAAACUCCUGUCCUAGCCAAGAUGACAUCACUCUGCAAUCGCAUGCCAGACUUCCUGCCAUUACGGCUGGUAUUGAUGACUGGACUGGACUUUCCAGGGAGUUGACUUGGCCUUCUUCGAUAGUAUGA